AUGACCCUAUCUGGAAUAGCUAGACCGCUAGGUCAGUUUUGGAGAACUCACAUAAAGAAAUUUGGGGUGUACGAAAAGGUGCUUCCAACAACAACCACUCCAAGUAGAACUGUACCUGAACAUAUACAGAGGCCAGACUAUGUAACAGGUCCCCAUCAUCAUAUACCUAGAAAUCCCGAAAUCAAAGAUGAAGAACAGAUAAAUGGAAUGAGAGCCAGUUGCCAGCUUGCUUCGGAUGUUCUUAAUAAAGCAAAAUCGUUUAUUCAACCAGGUGUCACAACAGAUGAUAUAGAUGACCUGAUUCACUCCUUCAUUGUGAAUGCUGGAGCUUACCCAUCUCCUUUAAACUAUAAAGGGUUUCCUAAAAGCAUCUGUACAUCAGUCAACAAUGUUGCUGUUCAUGGUAUACCAGAUUUGAGGCCACUAGAGAAUGGUGAUAUUAUUAAUGUUGAUAUAACAGUUUACUCUAAAGGAUAUCAUGGAGAUUGUUCAAAGACAUUUUUGGUGGGUGAUGUUGAUGAGAAAGGCCAGGAAUUGGUAGCAGUUACAGAAGAGUGUUUACUUAAAGCAAUAAAUCUAUGCGGACCCGAUGUACCCUUCUGCGACAUUGGGUCACGGAUUUAUAGGCAUGCAAAAACUAAAGGCUUGACAGUGCUUCCAGCUUUCGUUGGUCAUGGUAUUGGGAGUUACUUCCAUGGACCUCCAGAUAUCUACCACAUGCUGAACAGAUAUCCUGGAUUAAUGAAACCCGGGAUGACUUUCACAAUAGAGCCGGUUCUAUCGCACGGCCGAGAGAACACAUACAUAUUGGACGACGGCUGGACCAUUGUGACAGAGGACGGUUCUAGAACCGCACAGUGCGAACAUACAAUAUUAAUUACAGAGAACGGCGCAGAAAUAUUAACUAGAUAG